GAACGCUCUCCAGGCUCGCCUAGGUGUUCCGCGCCCACCGUGCUGGCUGAGGAGGGGGUCUCUCGCCGCAAGGCCGCCGGGCCCUCGGUUUAAAUGUAAUGCUGGAUAUUUAUAUCUCCUUUUAAGUAACAUACUAUAUUAAUGCAGCAAGUCCUAAAGCCAUAAUGUGGCAUGCCAUCCUUUUUGAGAGGUGAAUAAUAUUGAAUAAAAAUGGCUGACAGAAGUGGGAAGAUGGUUCCAGGACAAGUGUAUAUUGAAGUGGAAUAUGAUUAUGAAUAUGAAGCCAAGGACAGAAAGAUUGUGAUAAAACAAGGGGAGCGCUACAUCUUGGUGAAAAAGACCAAUGAUGACUGGUGGCAAGUUAAACCAGAUGAGAAUUCCAAAGCCUUUUAUGUGCCAGCCCAAUAUGUUAAGGAGGUCACCCGCAAAGCUCUAAUGCCGCCUAUUAAGCAGGCAGUUGGACUGCCAAAUAAUUCUAUGAAAAUGAUGCAGAGUCUACACCUUCAGAGAUCGACAGAAAAUGUGAACAAAUUGCCUGAGCUUUCAAGUUUUGGGAAGCCAUCGUCGUCUGUUCAAGGAACAGGUCUUAUUCGUGAUGCCAAUCAGAAUUUUGGACCCAAUUAUAAUCCAGGUCCCACUCUCAAUCUAAGCCUGGACCUGACCCAUAAUAAUGGAAAGUUUAACAGUGACUCACAUUCUCCUAAAGUUUGUAGCCAGAACAGGACGCGCUUAUUUGGUCACUUUCCUGGUCCAGAGUUCUUGGACAUUGAGAAAACUAGCUUCUCCCAGGAACAGUCUUGUGAUUCAGUAGGAGAAGGCUCGGAAAGAAUCCAUCAAGAUUCUGAAUCUGGAGAUGAACUUAGCAGCAGCUCCACUGAACAGAUAAGGGCAACUACACCUCCAAAUCAAGGAAGGCCAGACUCUCCUGUGUAUGCUAAUCUACAAGAACUGAAAAUAUCCCAGUCUGCUGUUCCCCCACUUCCUGGGAGCCCAGCAAUUCAGAUUAAUGGAGAAUGGGAAACUCAUAAAGAUAGUUCAGGGCGUUGUUACUACUAUAACCGAGGAACACAGGAAAGAACUUGGAAGCCACCCCGCUGGACUCGGGAUGCAAACAUAAGCAAAGAUUUCCAAAGUCCAGGAGAUCAAGAGCUUCUUUCAUCAGAAGAAAACUACCACAGCAUUUGUUACAGCCAGUCAGAUAGUCAGUGUGGUUCUCCUCCAAGGGGUUGGUCAGAAGAGUUGGAUGAACGUGGGCAUACCUUAUAUACCAGUGACUAUACUAAUGAAAAGUGGCUCAAGCAUGUUGACGAUCAAGGUAGACAGUAUUACUACAGUGCGGAUGGAUCUCGGUCAGAAUGGGAAUUACCAAAGUACAAUCCUUCAGCCCAGCAGCAAAGAGAAAUAAUUAAAAGUAGGAGCUUGGACAGGCGGCUGCAAGAACCAAUAGUAUUAACAAAGUGGAGACAUAGCACCAUUGUAUUGGACACCAAUGACAAGGAAUCUCCAAGUGCCUCAAAACCCUGCUUUCCUGAAAAUGAAUCUUCUCCCUCUUCACCAAAGCACCAAGAUCCAGGUCAAGAGAAAUAUGGAUUGUUAAAUGUAACAAAAAUUACUGAACAUGGGAAAAAGGUUCGAAAGAACUGGUUGUCUUCUUGGGCAGUAUUGCAGGGUUCAUCUUUACUUUUUACCAAAACUCAAGGAAGUAGCACAAGUUGGUUUGGGAGUAAUCAGUCCAAACCAGAGUUCACGGUGGAUCUCAGAGGGGCAACCAUUGAGAUGGCAUCAAAGGAUAAAUCCAGCAAAAAGAAUGUAUUUGAGCUGAAAACUCGUCAAGGAACAGAACUGCUAAUUCAGUCUGAUAAUGAUGCUGUUAUUAAUGAUUGGUUUAAAGUUCUUAGUAGUACUAUCAGUAACCAGGCGGUAGAAACUGAUGAAGGAAUUGAAGAGGAGGUACCAGAUUCACCAGGAAUAGAAAAGCAGGAUAAAGAAAAAGACCAGAAGGAUCUUAAAAAACUUCGUUCCAUGAAAGUAUCUAGCAUAGAUUCUUCAGAACAGAAAAAAACCAAGAAAAACUUAAAGAAGUUUCUUACACGACGCCCCACUUUGCAAGCUGUUCGUGAAAAAGGUUAUAUUAAAGAUCAGGUGUUUGGAUCCAAUCUUGCUAAUCUGUGUCAGAGAGAGAAUGGCACAGUGCCAAAGUUUGUGAAGUUAUGCAUUGAACAUGUUGAAGAACACGGUUUGGAUGUUGACGGAAUCUACAGAGUGAGUGGCAACCUUGCAGUGGUCCAGAAGCUGAGAUUUGCAGUCAAUCAUGAUGAGAAAUUGGACUUGAAUGAUAGUAAAUGGGAAGACAUUCAUGUCAUCACUGGAGCACUCAAAAUGUUUUUUCGAGAAUUACCAGAACCUCUUUUUACAUUUAAUCAUUUUAAUGAUUUUGUUAAUGCAAUUAAACAAGAACCAAGACAUCGUGUUGCUGCUGUUAAGGACCUGAUCAGACAGUUGCCAAAGCCAAAUCAAGAUACAAUGCAGAUUCUUUUUAGACACCUCAAAAGAGUUAUAGAAAAUGGAGAAAAAAACCGGAUGACCUAUCAAAGUAUAGCAAUUGUUUUUGGUCCCACUCUGUUAAAGCCAGAGAAAGAGACUGGUAAUAUAGCAGUUCAUACUGUUUACCAAAAUCAGAUUGUAGAAUUAAUUCUUCUAGAAUUAAACUCCAUCUUUGGACGUUGAUUUUGUGGAAGACAACCUGUGGAAUAGAAGCUGGAUUCCAUCAAAUUUCACAUCUUUAUACACAAUGUAUUUUAUUUUUGGACCAAGCAGUGACUCUUUGAUUUUGCACUUUUUUGAGGGAUCAGAAGGGAAGUGGCAGAGCGAAGAUGCCUGUUAGACCCUCAUGUUUGCUGCUUUGUUGCAAGGUGAUAUAACUGUGUGUAAUUUUGGAUUCAUUUUAUCUUGAUUGAUUGCAUUUAAUACUCUGAAUUUUAGUAAAAAUGAAAACGUAAAUAACCAGUCAAAUACACUGGAUAAUUUGGUAAGAAAAACUACUUUUUUUCCCCCUCAAACUGGAUAAUGUAGAAUUUCUUCUCAUAACCUUAAGUUCUUCACUUGGUAGAAUAAUACUUACUAGGGAGUUAUUUUAAAGACACUCUUGGGCAUUUAAAACAAAAUGAAGUAUAUCCAUUUUGAAACCUGUGUAUUUCUUUUUCAGGGUUUCUGCAUGCAGUGGCAGUCUAAAUAUUAAAAUUAAUUUUAACUCAGAUAUAGUCCCUCAAUGAAGGCUUGCUGUCUUUUCCUGUGUUGCACAGCAUCCUUACUGGAUAUCUUAGUUACUUGUUUGGCAGCACACUAAUAUUGCUUAAAACACUGUGAUAUACUGGAGUUUCAUUUAGCAUAAGUCAGUUCAGGGUAUUUUGGACUUCCUCACCAUACUGAAUUGUAGCUAACAAUCCUAAUUAUAUCUAGUGCCAUAUUGAAUUCUUGGUAUGACCCUGUGGAAACAGACAUUAUUUGAUGUAAAUAUGGGCUAAAGAUUUAAUGUCCUUUAGCUUAUGUAUAUAAUUGUGUUGUAUAGUCUCAGAAUACAUGCUAACCCUACAUUUGUAAUCAUGAUAUAGAUAAUCUUUCUGUGAAUAUUAGGUUUCCUCCAUAAGUAGACCAUUAUUUGGGAACGAUAACUGUGUGCACUUUUAGAUUUUAAUAACAUUUACAGGCAGAUCACUGUAAUGCGAAUGGUACUGGAAAAAUACUGAAAAGACUUGCUAAAUGGUAAAUGCACUACAAGAGGAACCUUUUAGGUUAUUUAAUAUGUACAGACUACAUUAUAAAAAUUUAUUACAGAAUUCUAACUCUCCAGUUUGAAUAGUGGAAACUCAUGUGUAAAUUAGGUGUAUCUUGGUUGGAAAAUAACAUUGCUAAAUUUGAGAAUUUCUUUUUACAUUACUAAUGUAAUUGAUUUGUAUAAUAAAACAGGGUUUGGAAGGUUUUGUUACAGGGAGCAUGGUCUGUUGAAAAUUUUUUUAAAUGUAUUUUUCUAGAUUAACUGCUGUAUAUGAAAUGUCUAAUAAAGAAAACUAUAAGAGGUUUAGAGAUUUUUCCAUUGGAAGUGUGCAUUUUGGUUCUUAAUUUUUUGGAUUUUUUCUUUUGCUGACAUACUUCUAUACCUCAUUUUUAAAAAAUCAACUGAAUCCAAUAUUUCCUGUGGCAAAUAUAUUUUUUUCAUUUCAUACCUUUCUAUUCCUUACCAUACCAGCACAUCCCCUUUCCCAACAUACGCUUUUUAUUUUUCGUCGCCAUUAUUUGAAAGUGGAUGAUUUGUGACCAAGAUUCUUUUUCCUAGGAUUGCAUUUACAAUUUACAGAUUGCCUUCCUUAGGAACAAAAAAAAAUUGUUUGUAUGAUCUAUCUAAAAACCUCUCCCGAGUCAUGUGAUAAAAUAUUGUAUUUGUUUUUGUGAUCUUGUUAAAUGGGUAACAAGGCAGAUCGUUUGGGGUGGGAAGGAAAAACUCCCAAGUCAGAAUGUUUAUAUUUGCUUACAGAUGUUAUUAACAACACAGUGUGCUUUAGGACUGGCUUAUAUCUUGUUUGUAUAUCAGGAAAACAAUUAGAUACAAAUCUGUGAUCUGUGAUAUUCUUUCUCUUCGGUGGUCAUGAACAUAUCAAAGGUUAAAA